AUGGAUCGGUUGGCGAGCCUCCUGAGCGGCAUGGCGCCAGGACAAAUAGAACAGGCCGUGCAGCUGCUGCAGCGUUACACGGCGGCUGCGGAAGCGAACCGGCAGACCGUGAAGGGGGAAGAGGCGCCGUUUUCUUCUUCGCCCAAUAGUGACGCCAAGACCGACGAUGCCGGUGGUGUUGGUAGAGAAGUGGGUCACCCAUCGCCCGUGAAGGCCGAGCGCGAUGGCUUGAACGCCCCGGCAGGCGAGUUGGAUGCGGUAAGCUCCGUCAUUGCCCUCGCGCUGGAGCAGACGAUCCGUGGCGGUUCUGCGGCCGCCGCUGCGAGCGGGGAUGGUGGCAAUGACGAUGAUGAUGAUGAUGAUGACAUUUCCCUCGUUGCUCUCGCGCAGAAGAGGCAACGCGAGGCGGGGAAGAAGAGCCCCACCGCGGCGCCGAAGAAGAAGAAUAAGGCACAAAAUGUCACUGCGGAAGGCAAAGAAAGCGGCAACACCACCGCAUUGGAGGAUCACGAGAGGAAAAGUCAAAAAACGGAUGACAGUGGCACCCCCUCUCGCAAGGGCAAAUCGUCGGCCAAAGCGGCGGGCUCCCCAUCAUCACAGCAGCAGCAACAAACAACAGCCAUCGCCGCGCGUGGCCUCGCUAGUUUUGGUUUUGUCAGCACCAUCAAGAGGACGACAGUGACGGUAGGUGACAAGAAGAAGCUGUUUACUCCUUUCGUGCAGGACAGACGUUUGGUGCCCUCUGCGUUACGGUUUUGGUGCCAUGAGAAGGAUGCGCCGGCAUCGCAAAAAGAACCAUCCGUGCCCUCUUGUGUGCCGCGUGAGGAGAUGUCGAUGGGUGGACAACAGGUCAUUGCCGUGGAUGAAGAAUCAUCGCUAAUGCACUUGCCUGUGACGAGUUGUGGUGACAACGAGAAGGCGCAGGAUGAGCAGCGGCAGCGGCAGUUCGAGGGUGCAGCCCGACGUUAUGUGUCUUUUACGGCGAUGAUAGAUGACACCACAAAUUUUAUCAAUAAAGGAACCCAACAAGAACCGCGCUUGCAAUGCCCUUGUGCUUAUCAUGUGAGUAUUGCUGCCCCGCGCGCCGGCUUCAGAGACGAGGUGAUCUUUUGUGGGUUUUACGCGAUUGGCUAUGAUCCAUGUCAGUCACGUCCACCGUACUUUGGUACAUACAACAGCCAGGACUCUCUCAACAUGGAGGAGUUGCUGCA